AUGUCAAAACAAUUACCCCUUUUCACUAUACAUAUUAAUUGUGGUCGGACGUUUCCUCCAGGUAAUGAAAUAUAUCGUAAAGAGAAUUUAUCAUUUUUUGAAAUUGAUGGACAAAAGCAUCAGGAAUACUGUCGAAAUUUGUGUUUAUUAGCUAAAUUAUUUUUGAAACAAAAAACAGUUCAUGAGUUAGAUCAAGUUCCUGCAUUUUUAUUCUACGUAUUAACUGAAACAGAUCAAGAUGGUUCACAUAUUAUUGGUUAUUUCUCAAAACAAAAAGCUGAUGAUCAAUGUGACAACUCCGUCAAUACGGUGUACAAUAAUCUUUCAUGUAUUCUCAUUUUACCGCCUUAUCAAUGUCGUGGUUUUGGUCGUAUGCUUAUCGAAAUGAGUUAUAUUUUAAGUCGACUAGAACAACGUAUUGGUACACCAGAACGUCCAUUAUCAGAUUUGGGCAUCAUUAUUUACAGAAGAUAUUGGCGUUUUGAAAUUUUAAAAUACUUAUCGUCAUUCACAGCUAAGUCAAUUAAUAUUCGAACUAUGAGUCAAGAAUUAGGAAUAGCAGUUCCUGAUAUUGUAAGCACUUUAUUAGAUAUGAAGAUGCUUGUUUGCUAUCGGACACAAUAUUACAUAAUCAAUAAUAAACCUGAUGUAGACGCUCUUUUGAGUACAAUUAAACCGCCUGCUACUGAUCGUUGUAUUGAUUCUACAUGUCUUUAUUGGACUCCUAAUGUUAGUAAUGUCAAUCAGUUAAGUAAAUCGCCUAGUAGUAGUACUCUUAGUAUUAGUACUACUACUAAUCAAAAGCUUCAUAAGUCUAGUCUUAUUUCACCAAGUGAUUCAAUUGGAGUAAAUGUUUGAAGAUUUUUGUAAUCUAAUUAUUGUACAUUGAAAUAUUGUAAAGAGUUUUGUUGUAUAUAAUCUAAUAAUAAUAAUACUAUUUAUGUUCUCA